GUCCCUCCCUCACUUCACUGAAGUAAUAGUUUUGUCUUUUCCUCUGACAGUUUAUUAUUUCCAGUUCCCUGGCACUUCAGUGAAGAACUAGGAAGAUGUUUAGAGAUGCUGAGUGAUACAUAAAUCAAUUGCAUAAUUUCAUGAGGCCACUAGAUAAGAGGAACCAUAGUUCUCUGCAGUCCAGCAUCAGCAUCAAACCCUCAGAGCCUUGCACGUGAACACUUGCAGAUGGUGAUAGGAUUGCAUCCAAGAGAAUGAGCAGUGAUUUCACAGUACUCUACUGAAUUGAAGACUUCACAUAAAGAAUCUCUGGUAUGGAAACUGAAAAUAACAGAAAUCUGAGACCAUUCUGAAGAUGGGAAGCUAACACAAAAAGUGGAUUUCUAGUAUGCAGAGUAAUACUUACUGAUUCUAUGAGACCUACUGUAUUUGUUUUCUUUUCAGGCAUGCCUGUGUUUCCUAACUGUUAAUAAGAUGAGCACAUUUUCUGAUCAUGUGGCUAUUAAUAACUGUAUUCUCUGCCAAGCUGGCAUUGGAAUCUCAUCCAACAAUUUCCUCCUCUUCCAUAUCUUCACACUCUUGCAGUAUCACAAGCCAAAGCUCACUGACAUGAUCAUUUGUCACCUGGCCCUUGUACACACAGUGAUGCUUCUCACUGUGCUGUUUUUGAGGUCUCCAGACCUGUUUGAGUUGCUAAGUUUUUGGAAUGACUUCAAGUGUAAGGCUUUGUUCUACAUCAACAGAGUAAUGAGGGGCCUCUCCAUCUUCACCACCUGCCUCCUGAGCAUCAUCCAGGCCAUCACCAUCAGCUCCAGCACCUCCUGGUUGGCACAGUUCAAGUAUAAAUCCACACAUUUCAUCUUCUAUUUAUUUCUUUCAUUAUGGUUUCUCUGUUUGUGUUUCAGCACUAGCACAAUCUUCCACACUGUGGCAUCUUCCAAUGUGACCCAAACCAAUCUGAUGGUUCUCACUAAAUAUUGUUCAUAUUACCCCAUAAGCCCUAGCAUCAGGAGUUUGAUCUUCACAGUGUUAACAUCCAGGGAUGUCUUCCUGGUGGGAGUCAUGCUGCUCUCAAGUGUGUACAUGGUGAUCCUCUUACUCAGGCAUCAGAGGAGGUCCCAGCACCUUCACAGCACCAGCCUCUCCCCAAGAUUCUCCCCAGAGAAAAGGGCCACCACAACCAUCCUGCUGCUGGUAAGUUUCUUUGUGGUCAUGUACUGGGUGGACUUCAUCAUCUCAUGCUUCUCCCUGAUACUGUGGUCAUAUGACUCAGUUAUCUUGGGUGUACAGGGUGUGGUGGUCAAUGCCUAUGCCAGUGUCAGUCCAUUGAUACUAAUCAGUUCAAGUAAAAGGAUAAUUAAUAUUUUUUCAAAACAUACCAUGGAAAAGCUUCGAAUUUUAACAAAUUGAGUAAAAAACAGAGUAGUAUUUGGGUGAACAUGUAGCACAGAUGCUGCUUCAGAUGCCCACAUCCCAUUUGGGUUUGAAUACCACCUGUGCUUCUGGUUCUGCUUUGUAUAAAUGCAUAUCCUGAAUGGCAGCAGGAGCUGGUUUAAGUACAUAGGUUGCUGCCACCCACAUAGGAGUAACAUAUGAAGAUCUCGAAUCCUGAGUUGAGCUUUCUGUACCCUGCUGUUGCUGGCCUUUGAAGAAAAAAUCAGAUGAGG